AUGACGCCCAAAAUUCGCCGUUCACAUGAUGAUUACACAGUAGCCUGGAUCUGUGCGAUACCCGUGGAAACGGCAGCUGCGGAAGCUAUGCUGGAUGAGAUACACGAGUCCUUGCCGGUACAGUCAAAUGACCAUAACUCCUACUCGCUCGGACGGAUCGGAGAGCAUGAUGUUGUCAUUGCCUGUUUACCCAGCGGCAAGUACGGCACCGUCUCGGCUAGCUCAGUAGUCGUCCAACUGCUGUCUACCUUUCGCUCGAUUCGCUUUGGACUCAUGGUUGGACUCGGCGGCGCAGUCCCUGGAAGUGCAGAUAUCCGCCUUGGAGACAUUGUGGUCAGCAAACCAACGAACGGCCACGGCGGAGUCAUUGAGUAUGACUUUGGGAAGGUAUUGAAAGGCGAGCGGUUUCAGGCAACUGGGAUGCUCAGUCGCCCACCCCAGAUUCUUUUGACUGCCUUGUCGAAGUUGCAAGCGAGGCAUAUGAAUCAUGACGGUAGAUUCUUGGAGUUCUACGCUGGACUUGAGAGCAAGACUGCUUUUGCUCGUCCAGCUGUAGAGGAUCGCUUAUACCGUUCUGAUUACGACCACCCCGAUUCAACGUCCCCAACUUGUAUCGACUGUGACGAAUCCAAGGCCGUGUCCCGACCUUCACGGAAGCAUCACACACCCGUUGUGCACUACGGCCUUAUUGCAUCCGCAAACCAAGUGGUAAAAAAUAGCGACUUGCGGGACGAACUGGGACGAAAGUUGGGUGCUUACUGCAUUGAGAUGGAAGCAGCCGGUAUAAUGGACAAUCUCCCCUCAAUAGUCGUUCGUGGCAUCUGUGACUAUGCGGAUUCCCACAAAAAUAAUCAAUGGCAGGGGUACGCAUCCGCAGUAGCAGCAGCUUAUGCGAAAGAACUUCUUCUGUAUACCUCCGUUGCCCGGCGUGGUCAAGAGCGCAAAUAUCAUGUGCCAUUCGACGUCACUGCUCUGUCUACAGCAAAGAACUUUAUCGGGCGAGAUGAUGAACUCGAGCAUCUUUGGCAGCAUCUACAACCUUCAAGUCAGAAGUCCCAGAGGGUGGCAGUCGUACAUGGGCUUGGGGGCAUGGGAAAGACACAACUGGCCACGCGUUUUGCGCGCUCUCACAAGGACGAUUUCACUGCCGUCCUCUGGUUGAAUGGCAAGAGCCAGGAAACGCUUCUGCAAUCACUGAGCUCGGCAUUGCCAAAACUGCCAGGCCAAGAUUCGGACACAACAGCCAGAAACGAAGGGGAAGUCAAGCGGAAUGCUUCUCAAGUCUUGGAAUGGUUGGCCUUACAAGACAACCAUAGCUGGCUUAUUAUUUUCGACAACGUCGACCAAUACUCGCCCGGAGCAGAUGCUGGCUAUGAUGUUGGACAGUUCUUCCCCGCAGCCGAUCAUGGCUCAAUUUUGAUAACGUCUCGGCUGUUGAAGUUGAGUGAGCUAGGGAGAUCCUUUCCUCUCCAGAAGUUGGAUCCAACCCACGCUACUCAACUUCUCCUACAAAACAGUGGCAUAUCUAGCCAGGAAGCCGAGCAAGCGAAGGAUAUCAAUAGAGACGUCGCCGACCUUGUCAAACAUUUAGAUGGCCUACCGCUAGGAAUCACUCUUGCAGGGUCAUUUAUACGUGAGACGGGAACGAGCUUCAGCAAAUACCUACAGUAUUAUCGAGAAUCGUGGCAUAACCUGCAGUCACAAUCCGGCUCUGUCCGACAAUACGAACAAGGAAACAUACUACAGACAUGGGCCGUUUCGUAUCAGGCAAUAAGGGAACGAGACCCGGAAGCAGCCGAGCUCAUGCUAGUGCUCGCACACUUUGACAACCAGGAUAUAUUUUUUCAACUCUUGCAAUACGGCGCCUACAGUCCAAAUCGGCCGAAGUGGUUUGAUUCUGUCAUGUCAGAUGAACUGGUCUUCAGGGAAAAAAUGAGAACGCUUCUCGGGUUCUCAUUUAUCGGGGCAAAGCUGCAAGACGACAGCUACACCAUGCAUCCAGUCGUGAGAGACUGGUGCCUCUCAAUUUCAGAAAGCCAAAACGAGCCAAACGCAGCCCGGCUGAAGGAGCUAGCCUUCAUCGCUGUUGGGCACAUGGUUCCGAGCAUUCAGAACGCGAGUUCCUGGAUUGUUCAACAACGACUGCUUCCUCACGCUAUUUAUAUCCUGCCCAAAGUGCGUACCCUUAGACUGACUGAUAGUGUCGAGCUUCGGACUACAUUUAACGGCAUUGGAAAUCUUUAUGCUGGCCAGUGCAAACUGAGCCAGGCAGAAGAGAUUUACCAGUGGGGUUUGGCUAUCUGUCGGGAAGGCCUCGGACCAGACUUCAUGUCUGAUCGUCUAGUUCUGAGUAUGAUCUAUGCUCUUGCGCUUGUUCACGAAGUCCAAGGGAAAUUACUAGAGGCGAAGGCGGCAUAUAAGCAGGCACUCUCAGGAUACAUGGCCCUAGGAUCGAACGAAGCCAUGGUUCCUAUGAUACGCGGUAACCUUGGGCAUGUCUACGUUCGCAGUAACGAGUUGGAAAAGGCAGGGGAGAUGUAUCAGCGCGCACAAUCCGAGUAUCAUGAGAUGUUCGGGCCUAAUCACAUAUCGACGCUAGAGAGCCUUGAUCAUCUCGGGGACUUCCACACUACUUGCGGACGGCUAGACCUUGCGGAAGAAAUGUGCCAAACAGCAUUCAAAGGCAAGAUGGCAAUCGUCGGACCUGACCAUAUUCAGACAUAUUACUCAUACUGGCACUUGGCCCGUAUAUACCAGCGCACAGAUAGACUGGGAGAGGCGGAGGAUAUGUUCGAACGGUCCAUAGGCAUAGGGAAGAUUUAUGGGCCAGACCACCCCGCCACAGUCGACAGAAUGUAUAACCUUGCUAUUGUAUAUCAGCAAAGGGGUAAACUCAAGGCUGCAGAAGAGAUGUAUGAGCGAGCAGUGUCUGGCUUUACGAGGACUCUGGGCCCUAAUAGCAUCCACACACUGGCUGCGGCGUCUUAUUUUGCCGAGUUCUGGGCUGCUCAGAACAGAGUGACAGAAGCUGAGGGUAUGUAUCGUCGAGCCCUAGCAGGCUACGAGCAACUGCUAGGCCGAGACCACUCGUGGACGCAGACAGUAGCUCAAAGACUGGAGGUGUUGGUACAACCUUAUGAGCUGCCUCAGUACAAGGAGUACUUGGAGCCUUCAGAGACUCCGAAGUCUUCAGCGCGUAAAUGUGGAAUACUGGCAAGAUAUUUCCACCGGGGCUGGCGGGCCAAGUAG